CCAACCAUACGCAGUUUGCAUGUGUUUAGUAUUAGAACUCGUGUCGCGUAUAAACUUGUUUAAUUGUGGAUUUUCAAUAGAAAUUAUUUUCAAUUCUAAACGCUGCAAAGGAAGCUGUAUUAAAAGAUCGUUGAUAACAAAUAAAUAAUGAAUAUUCAUUUUUGCUGGAAGCGAAAAAGCUUUGAUUUGACGUUGCUGAAGAGUGCACAAAAUUUAUCGCUUAUAAUUUACCAAAACAGUUAUUAAUCAGACCCUCUAGCUGUUUGUUAAUAGCAUGACCCAGACGAAGGUCUUUAGUAGUUUCAGGAUACAGUUUAAGUUUUUACUGUCAAAUAACUUUAAAUGAGUGAGAAAGCACGUUUGGUUUCAUUCUAAAACUCACGCAUUUUUAAGGAUCUGUGUUAAUUCUUACAAAAAACUAAAAUUGAUAAAACUGAUGAUCUAAAAGAAAUGGAUAUAUCGAUUUUCCUCGCUACGAUUUCUCUAGCUUGUAGUUUAAUUGGCUGUUCUAGUCUAGGAUCUCUAUGUGACAGGAAGGAACUUGAUCUUGUCAUUACGAUAGACUGCCAGUAUCCACCAUACAAAUGGGACAUGAUACACAACUUGUUAAACAUACUUCAACCUACUGACUCAGUGAAUAGAACGAGAGACUGGAGCGUUACAUUGAUAGAUGUUUUAAGUCUACAAAAUAUGACGCUUGAUGAUUCGAACAUUGCCAAUGUCUCGGAACUUUGUCAAAUGACAAUGGACGAAAACGAAAUAGGUCCUCUCACGUUUCAUGACAAAAUAUCGAAACUUGAAAGUAAAGUUUUAAGAGAAAACAAUUCUUCAAAUUUAUUUAUCAUUAGCAUUUACCACAAAGAGCUCAAAUCUGAUUAUAACACGAGUCCUCUUUUCUCUGAAAAAGAAGAUAUAAUGAAGCUACACAUUGCUAUAUUAGACCAAAAUGACUACAGCAUGCCAAAGACUACCGACGACACCAUCGAAGUUGACAGCCAAGAUGACUUAAAGUAUAGCAAUGAGUUAAGUCUAAGGCUUUGUUCUCAAUGCUUAGAUGGUUGGUUUCAGGUACAUCAUGCAAACGAUAGCGCCCAUAUUUAUUGUUUGUUAUUUAUGAAACACUCACGGUUACUAAAUUGGCAGCAUGCUGCCAACUACUGUGUUAAAAAAAGAUCAAAUUUAAUUACAUUUGAAACACAUUGGGGUUUUCAUUACUUGCAGUCAAACUUGUUGGGCUUAAUUGAUAACUUUGCGAACACAAAUUUUAAGUAUAAUGAAUCAAUAAUUUUUUACUUGGGACUAUACUAUAUACAAUCGAGGGAUCAAAAACAUUUAAUGUGGGUCCAUAACAGACCAAUGGAGCAAUUUACGUACUCACUUAUCAAAAUUGCAGAUUUCCAGAACAAUGAAAAAAAUUCAGGUUGUUUUAUUUGGAAACUUAAGAAGUUGAAAAGUCUCAGAAAAGCGAUUUCAAUAGUACAAUGCGGAUUAAGGAAAACAAAGUAUAUAUUAUGUGAGUAUCAAUCUUAUAAACAAAAUAUGUACAAGAAGGAUAUGCAACAAACCCGUUUGGAAAUAUCUACGACAUAUAAAGUACCAAGCAUUAAUUUUAAUUGGAACCAGCUUCGCAUUGUUUCCGUUUCAAAUUUGAGGGAUGUAUUCAGUAUUGAUUUUCCAACAUUUUUUUGUAACGCGACAAAAAGUUUGCUCUCGUAUAACUAUGUGUGUGAUGGAUUUUCAGAUUGCUCUGUAGGCGAGGACGAACAAGUUUGUAAUUAUGACUUCAAAGACUUAAACGAAUGCCUUCAAAGUCAACAAUUUGUAUGUCGAGAACCCAACGUGCACGGACUUAAAUGUAUCGCUAAAAGCCAAGUGUGUAAUAUGAUUAAAGAUUGUCCUGAUGGAAGUGAUGAGUCAAACUGUGAUGAUUGUACUUUCACUCAGUGCUCACUAAAUGUUUGUAUACCUGACCAUUGGACGUUAAAUUGUUCCACAGUAAAUAAUUUUAAAUUUCUAGCUCUUCAAAAUGUAAGUUCAUUCAAUGUUUCAGUGUCUAAUAGACGAAACGUAUUAGAACUACUAACUUUAUGCAAUGUAAAAUCUAACCAAAGUGAUAAGUAUAACCUUAUUUUGGCUCCAAAGUGUAUUUACAUGAAAGAUAGACAAGGCUCCCCUAUUGGUUGCUCUAAUAGCAAUUUUUUAACUGAUUGCGAAAUGUUUCAAUGCCCUGAAGGUUUUUUCAAAUGCUGGGAAUCUUAUUGCAUUCCAGAUACGUAUAAACAUGAUUAAGUCCGAGACUGUCUUUAUGGGGAAGACGAGUCCUUUCACUUUUUAGAUAAUUUAUACUUUGAAUGUUACCCUAAUUCAAAUCACAUACAUCCCAUUUAUAUAUGUGAUGGUAAACCAAAUUGCCUUAAGGGUGAUGAUGAACUAAAUUGUAUAGUUCAAUGUCCAUUUGGUUUCAUCUGUCUGGACGGGACGGUCAGAGUCAACGAUACAAACACUUUGCUCAACAUGUCUUCCUUUUCCCCAGACACAACAUAUUUAGACAUUUCUGGUAUUGAUGUGUCUCGAGCUAAACAUUUUAUACAUAUAGUUUCUUUAAAAAAACUUUUGGUUUUCAGAGCUUCCCAAUGUAACAUAAGUGAACAUUUUCUAGUCAAAUCUGAAAACAGUUUGGUUUAUCAUUUGGAUCUAAGCCACAAUAACCUUGUCAAAUUACGUUAUCACGAUUUCAUAUCACAUUUAUCAAAGCUCUAUUUUUUAAACAUUUCUCAUAACAGAGGGCUAAGAGUGAUACCCAAAUUUUUUUUUCGAAGGUUUACCAGGCUUAUCUCACUGGAUGUUUCUUUUACCAAAAUUGCUGAAAUAAUGUUAAAUUAUAAUGUUAAACUACGAUACCUGUAUCUUUCGUUUACUAACAUUAGAGAAUUGGGUUUAAAAGACAAUGAUCAAAUGCAAAUUCUCAAUCUUUCAGUAACUAAACUAAAAAUAGUUAUUUUGUCUCAAAAAGCAGAAUAUGAAAUAAUUGACUUACGAAAAACUCGCGUUUCUGACUUGAUCAAAGAAAAGUUUUUCAACAAUAUUACAGUAAAAGGUAAAGUGUUAGCAGACUACAAACUUUGUUGUUCAUAUUUCAGAGGAGAAAAUCUUCUAGCACAUCAAUGUGAAACAGAAGAACAACCGUUAUCAACUUGUGAAGAUCUUAUCGGAGAUUCUUUAAAACGAGUCUUGCUCUGGAUUGUUGCAAUUUGCGCAGUUUGUGGAAAUAUGAUCGCAUUGGGCUACCGUAUUUUAUUUGAACGGGCAACACUUCAUCUGACAUAUGUGUUAUUUGUUACUUGUCUUGGUGUCUCUGAUCUUCUAAUGGGCGUGUACCUUGUCAUUAUUGC